AUGCAGGCCUUCAGAAAAUUCCUGCCUCUGUUCGACCGUGUCCUGGUGGAGCGUUUCACGGCGGAGACUGUGACAAAAGGUGGCAUCAUGCUGCCUGAGAAGUCUCAAGGCAAAGUACUGCAGGCUACAGUGUUGGCAGUCGGGCCUGGAUCGGUCAACCAGAAAGGAAAUUUACAACCUGUCAGCGUGAAGGUCGGUGAGAAGGUUCUCCUACCAGAGUAUGGUGGAACUAAAGUAACUUUGGAUGAUAAGGAGUACUUCUUGUUCCGUGAUGGUGACAUCCUGGGAAAAUAUGUGGAAUGA